UGAUACUUGAUAGUAAUAACUUUGCAGUUCAUAAUUGUGUAUGUGUUGCUAACUCUUCAGCGCGAAGUAUGUUUGUAGUUGAAGAUACUCUCCAAACAAAAUACCUUAUUAAAUAUGUUUGCCUCGGAGAACAACAUAGAAUUGUUGCAACGGACCUAGUUCGUAUAUGGACAGAAGAAAUGUCUUCGGAAGACAUUAUUCGUCGUUGCCAGGAGUUAAAUCCAAAUAUUGAAGCACCACCAGAAAAUCUUUUGUCAAAGGUUACCAAUUUGAUGGAUUCUGUUGGUGCGGAAGUGAGGACUAAUAUUACAGUUAGCAAGGAAAUGCUGUGCCUCAGCCUAGAAACGAGAGUAUCGAGAAUUUUGUUUAGAUUCAACUUUAGACUCUCUCCUUCUGACCCAGCAACUUUUAUGCAAGAAGUAACAGUUCCUUUGGCACUAAUGGUAAAAGAGCUGCAGGGUAGAGUAACACAGUUAUAUGAAAUUUUGAAGAGAAAAGAUAUAGAAAUUCAGCAAUAUAAACUGGAGGGUGCACAGAUCUGCAGAAAAAGUGUUGAAACUGAACCAUUUAAGAAGGAGGAAUUUGAAAAACAAUGUCUGACAAAAGACCAUGGGAAUGUCAAAGGGCCUCCAGCAGAAGUGAUCACAGAGGACAUAAUUCAGCUCUGGAAAUCAAUGAAAAUUUCUCAUGCCACAAAAAUUAAAGAUGCAAAUCCAGUGAAGCAAGAAAUACAAACAAAUAUCAAAGAAGAACCAGCAUCAGAUGACAGUGAUAGCACAGAGAGCAAUCACUUAACUAGAAGUAAUGCAGCUGAUUUGACUGAAACACAUCGUGAGUUGCAAAUAAAACGUGAAAAGGACUCCUCAAUUAACAAUUUGAGUGUUGGGGUGACACAAAAGAAAGUGUUGAAAAGAAAACUUCGUUUGUAAUUUGAUUUGCAUUUUGAAACUACCAUUAUAUAUUGUGUAAAGGCUGCGGUCCACGAAAACUGGUGAGGGUGAAGACAAAAAUGAUGCCUUUGUAGCUAUAUAAUCAUUUGUGAUCAUGGUGCCAAAGACAGUUUAAUAUCUGGGUGAUUGUUUUUAUGUUGAUGAAAAAGAGAGUAACUUGAAUCCAUUUUCAUAUGCUGAUAGAUUUUAUUUUAAUGGUAACAAUCUUUUUUAAAUAUAUCUGUAUGGUUUAGUGGCAAAGAACAAGGCUGCUGUUUGAUGAUUAGUGAUUUUUUUUUUCUAAUCAACAAUUUAGUAUACAAAUACCAUAACUCAAACUUUUAAAAACAGGAAUUUUAAUUGAUCAUG